GUAUGUAUCAUGUGUAAUGUCCAGAUUCUACUGUUUGUCUGACAUGAAAAAAUAAAAUAUAUAAAAAAUGAAAUUGAAAUAUGAACUUGUAAGUGUAAACUUUUGUAAACUGUUGAUCAAACUCAGAGAACGGAGGCAACAACAACUUUUUAUAACGUGUGUUAAAUCAAAGACACACACACGUCUGAGGCCGAACCGUCACAUGACCAAACUUCUGUCUUAAAUGUGAGCUGAACACAGUCACGUCCAUUCAUGGUUGGACAAUCACACGCUGUCCGUCUCUAAAGAGUGAGCUGUGAGCCCAGGUUUGACCCACGUCUUCAUUUCCUUCAGUUUAAAGAUAUUUUUGCUGGAACUGUUGGAGGAACACAACGUUCCCUCUGGAACUUCCUGUCAAUAAGUUCUGGUUAAAGGCUGAGUGACAUCAGGAAUACCAGGAAAACUAGAGCCACGGUAGUGUCUCUUCCUGGAGUGUAGUAUUGCUGUCUCCACCCACUGUCUCCACCCAUCUGACUUCUUUAUGCUCAGGACGCACACUAAUUAAAAGCAGACUCUUCCACAUGGCUUCAGGAGGCCCGCAGCUCCACGGAGUCCUGGUCUGGAGCUGACGCCCCACUGAACGCGUUCAUCAGAGGACGGCGUGUGAAGCUGAACCAGAACCAGGAGCAGGACCGUGAUCCUGGACCUGUGUUUGAGACAUUAACAUCUUUCCUCAGAGUCAACGACAUAAUCUAACCUGGAAUUCUUCGGAAUCCUGAGUCACUGUGGAAUUCCACUUCAGGGAAGAAGACAUGAGGGUUCAAACCUGUACCAGAGCACAGAUUCUGCAGGAGUUCCACCUGCGGUGCCACACGCUGGCGGCCAACGGUAACAGAGGCUUCAAAAAGGAGUUUGAGGAGCUGAAUGAUGUUGGCAAAGACCUCCCAACCAGAGCGGGGGAGUCAGAGGUCAACAGAGAGAAGAACAGAUACCCCUACAUCUUACCAUAUGACCACUGCCGCGUCAGGCUGUCCAUCCAGAACUCCGUCACACACACCGACUACAUCAACGCCAACUUUGUGCCUGGGGGAGGAUCAGAGCGAGACUUCAUCUGUACACAGGGUCCUCUGAACAACACCAUGGCAGACUUCUGGAGGAUGGUGUGGGAGCAGAACGUCAGGAUCAUCGUCAUGGUGACAGCACUGAGGCACAAGGACACGGUGCUGUGUGAUAAGUACUGGCCCAUGGAAGGAGGGGCCGUUCAGUACGGACUGGUCCAGGUGACAAGAGUGGGCUGCAGACAAGGCCCAGAUUAUUUAGUCACCACCCUGAACCUCAGACAGAGAGACUGUCCCACAGACAGGACCGUCUCACACUACUACUACCAGACCUGGCCCGACCGGGGCACCCCCAAGAACCCCUCCUCCUUAUGUGCCUUCACGGAGCACGUGAGGCAGCACCUGGAGUCCAUACCUCGUCUGGGUCCGGCCGUGGUCCACUGCAGGUCUGACCUCUGUCUGGGCCCCCGGGCCUCGUGUUUGAACCGGGGCUGCAGAUGUUCUCUGAAGUCCACUCUGUGUUUCUGGUCCCUCAGUGCAGGCGUGGGGCGCUCGGGGACCUUCGUCACCUUACUGUGGCUGAUGCAGUUGUGCGUUCGUGGGAUCCAGCCCGAUGUCCGAGCCGCCGUGGAGGACCUGAGGCUGCACCGCAUGUGGAUGGUCCAGACCCUGGAACAGUACAUAUUUGUGCAUCAGUGUCUGCUGCAGUGGCUGAGUGGACCACGAAGAAGCUCAGCAGGCGGCCCCCAGCCUCAGACACCAGCCCACCACCAGGACCAAGCUCACGGCUCGUCUGGACCAGAGGAGAGGACAGGGAGGAGGAGGCGUCCUCGCCGUGGACACACACCUCUCCCCGAGCCUCCACAGAACACCAUCCAGCAGCUGUUGCACCCUGGGAACCUGCUGAGGAGGUUACUGCCGUCCUCGUCUCCGACGAGUCCAGGAAACAACGCCUCCUGACCUGAAGCUGCCGAAGACGGUGGGUUAAAAGGUCAGGACGGGAAUCUGGUGCGACAACAGGACAGGAAGUGGAUGGUGAACGAACACACAUGACACAUUUGAACCAAUAUCACCAGUAGAAACAGCUGAAGCAGCCGUCCGACAGGUCCGACCAGUCCGACCGGUUCUUUUGUUGCUUACUCACACGU